ACCGGAAGCGCGUAGGGGAGGUGAUGGGUCCUCCAGCGGCGGAGCGGUGACCCGGGAGUCUGAGAGGAUAAACUAGUGUAAAACCCGAGCUUUAACACCGCUUUACUGACUGAAACCAGCUCUAACAUGGCGCUGAGGGUCUGCUGUCGGCUAACGAGGGGCUUGGUUCGGGUUCUGGAGAGCAGGAGCGGGUUAUUUACAGGAGCGGGUGGCGUGAAUUCAGCAGGAUGUUUACAGAACAGACGUGCCAUUGGAUAUCGGGCAAAUCCAUGGAGAAGCCUUUCUUCAACCAGCCAGUCUUCACAAGUGAUCACUUACGAGGAGUUAAAAAAGCUGCUUGUAGCCAAAUCAGGUGUUGUGAUAGAUGUACGAGAACCAUGGGAACUCAGGGAGUAUGGAAAUAUCCCCAGUGCCAUCAAUGUCCCAUUGGGGCAGGUCACCAGUGCUCUCCAACUAGAGCCGGAGGAGUUUAAGGAAAAGUACGGAGGUGACAUGCCAUCAACCACUGAAAACGUCGUCUUCACCUGUCUGGCAGGAAUGAGGAGCAUUGAGGCGUUACAAGCUGCCACGUCUUUAGGAUAUUCCAACGCACAGCACUACCCAGGAGGAUGGCAAGACUGGGCCAAACAUGAAAUCCUCCAGACCAAAGAAUGACCUUCUGACCUUUGUGGUAGCACUACUGUGGAUUAAACAGGAGAUCAUCAAUAUAAAGCUUCUCACAGACUCGAAGCGGCUGCUGCUCACGAUUCUGGGUUAAACAAAGAAAAAACUGGACAACAAAAACGAGAAUUGCUUUGGAACUGGAAGUGAGGUGCACCAAUACUGCUGAUCAGUAUCUUUUGGUACAGUUUUAGCAGAAUUGUGAUAUAAAUGGUGUACAACUUACCAGGAUUAGAAAAAGAGUUAGAGAUGAGGUCAUUUCUGCAUAGGGCUGCAUGAUAUAAAAAAAAAAAUCCUGUGAUUAUAUAUUACAAAAACAAUGACUUAACAUGUCAUGAUAUGAAUAUUCUACUCUAUAUAGCCAAGAUUGAAGUAAAAUAAAUUAUAUUGAGCAGAUAUAAUCUGCCUCUGGUAGCAGAUGUCAUGGAAUGUGAUAAUAUUGUAUACUGUGAUUUAUUUUUUCUUUCCUUUUGUAUCAAACAACAUAAAAACAUCACUGAUUUCAUUUGCCUUAUGUGACAUUCUACAUAUAGUUCUGCAGUGUGACUGUUGCACAAGCCACCAUUGUAAUGAUGUAAUUGCUGGAAAGAAAUAUUGUGCAUCCUCAUUUUAGCAGCUCAUUAAUUUUGGUGAUUUAUAUAUAUAUAUAUAUAUAUAUAUAUAUAUAUAUAUAUAUAUAUAUAUAUAUACAGAGACAUAGUUCUGCACAUAUUAAUACACUAUUUCUAAGGAUGCACAAAAAUGAAAAUGUUUGUCCGAAACCAAACAAGAUGAUUAUUUAAAGAUUAUUUGUUUCACUAUUACAUACAUUAAAAAAAAGGCCAUUGCAAUACUACAGUGUAAAAUUAUAUUUACUGAACAUUUUAAAAGUGACAGUCUGUAGGUUUUGGGAUUUAGGGAUUUGGAGACCUCUCUAGCGGAAUUAAAAUAAUUGGUGCAGUUUGUUUGGGCAGGUGAGAAAUCAGUAAUCGCACUGGGGGGUGGACUAAAACAACCGCACCGAGACCCGCGAGAAGAGGUGGUCUCAGUCCAGUUCCAAACAAAACUUUGGAGCAGUAAAUAUGUGGUGAGAAAGUGAUCCAUCUUAAUCAGACCUAAUUAUCAAAUAUACUAAUUUUCUUUGAGGUAAACAGCUGUUCAGGUGCAGUUUAACUUAAUAUGUAGAUAAUUAUACACAGCUCUAGAAAUUGAGACUGCUUCAGUUUCUGAAUCAGAUUCUCUGAUUUUACUAUGUAUAGGUUUAUGUUUGAGUAAAAUUAACAUUUUUGUUUUAUUCUAUAAACUACGGACAACAUUUCUCAUUUAGAGCAUUUAUUUGCAGAAAAUAAGAAAUGGCUGAAAUAACUAAAAAGAUACAGGGCUUUCAGACCUAAAAAAAACUGCUUUUGGAUAACUUCAUACCACUUCUGGUGCAAAAAAUCAAGCAGUUCAGUUUGGUCUGAUGGCUUGUGAUGACUUGUCUGAUGGCUUGGUCUCAUUUUCCUCUUGAUUAUAUUCCAGAGGUUUUCAAUCUGGUAAAAUCAAAGAAACUCAUAAUUUUUAAGUGGUCUUUUUUCACAGCUGUAUAUAGACAAAUAAGUAUCAAUGAAAAAAUGCUGUCUCUGCGGUUGCUCCAUCCUAAGCUGUUUUCACACUGAACAGUGCUCGCCACACAACUCCUUUACUACACCGACAUCUGAGCUGCACAUCUCGUUAAUAACGUUCCCAUUGUUUCAAAGUGCAGCUGCAAAGUUUCUGUGUUCAGUGUUAAAGUGGCUUCACACUGCACAACUAUAUGCACUGGUCUGGAACACAACCUAUUAGCUAUAUUUACCUUCUUGCUCCCAUUUGAAAGAAGGACAGCUCUGACCAAUCAGAGAAUACAGUGUGCUCAGUGUGGUUUGUUGUGGCGCAUUUUGGUGCAUUUAGGUUUUUGCCUGUGUGAAAACAAACCAAACUGUGGCGAGAAAAGGCUCCAAAUAAACUCACUGAUUCAGGCCACAGAAACAAAUUACAGGCGUGAAAACCUAAAUCUUUGAGGUGCAGUUAAAUGGAAAUAAACAGUUGUUUUGUCCCCUCUCCACUCAGGAGUUAUACUGCUUUUAAUUUAGUAGUAAGAACUCUUAAGGACUGGCACUUUAACCUCACUGCACAAAACUACAUCAAGAGUCUCCUUGUUCGGUAUACACUUUUCACUCUUUUCAUUUAUUCAGAUGAAUGCAGGAAGUCUUUUUUUUUUCUUUUUUUUUUCUUUUUUUUUUUGCUGUUUUUGGCCAAAUUAUUUCGGCUGCCAAUUUUCCAGUGCGUUCCUAAUUAUUACUGUUUAUUAGUUGGAUUUGGUGUAUACAAAUUUUGACAUAUAUUGGCUCAGUUUUUUCUAUUUAUUAAUAUUGGUUGUAUAUUUCUAUUUAUAUCAGAUUUAGGUUUACUGUUAUAGUAUUUAUUUUCACUUAAACCCUAUCUGGAUGGGAAAAGUUUCUCAAAGGGUCCUGGGGUAAUUUUCUUCUGAGAAAAGUACAGGCUGAAUUACCUACUGUUUUUUGCUAAACUCUACUGUGGUAGUCUGGUCAUUUUAAUCCCAUCCAGAGUCAUAUCUUUGGGCAUGCGUUUCCAUAGAGAUCCACGUAAACACAACAGCGAAUGGAAAUGGAGGAGCUACUGAAUGAGAUGCCCUGACCGAAAAAGCCUAAAAACUCACUGGUCCUCCUGUUUUCUUCAAUUGCAGUCCGGAUGCAAGAGUAGAAGUGUGAAAUAUUUUUCACAGACGUUCCCUGAGAAACUAAUCCCGUCAAGAUAGAACUUUAAAAUAUCAACCGAGUCAAUUAAAUAGUAGAACCAAUAAUCUUAUUUAUCAUUAUAUUUAUUCCAUUAUAUAUGGACCUUCACCUAAAAAUCAGCAACAAAAUUUCUCUUUUUCAUUGCAGAACAAAGCAGAAAUUGACCUGAAAAGAAAUUGUAUUUAUUAAAUAUGUACUGAAGCUUUCUGACAAAUAGCAGACAUACCUCUUUUUAUCUGUGUUAUAGCAGACCCUACUCACAUUAUACACUCCUUAAAUAAGAAUAAAAUGCAAGUAAUGCUACAUUCUCUACAUCACCUGCCUUAAAAGUGGUUCAGUUUUAGUGUGUUGUUGUUGAAUUUGACGAACUGCAUGAGGACUGCUGAUGCAAACUCACAGUUACGAUUAACACAGGCUUUUAUUAAGUUUGGUUUAUGGAAAUUUGCAAUAUUGUAGACUGAAAUCAGUGCAGCUAUAUACUCAUAUUAUUAGAUAACAGUAUUGGCACACCUCUCUCACCUGCUUGGUUUUAAAUCUUACUAUGUAAUUGUGAUUGCAUUGUCUGAAUCAUAUGAAUCGGUGUAAAAAAUAUUGUUUAAAAUGUUCAAUGAUUAAAUCAUCUAUGCAAAUCUUACAGUGACACAUGCAGUGUGAAACGAAUAAUGCAAUGUUAGCAUUAACCCAAAUAAACAAAGUCAACACAG